GGCCAUCCAACAAACUUAUUUGAGGCCAAAAAUUUCUUCUCUGGCUUUCUCUUUCUUACUUUCCUUUCUGACCUUUUUGAAAUUUGGGUGUGGGCUAGAUCCAAUUAACAGUUGUCAGGAGCCCAAUUACCAUGCAGGUUCCUGUCUAUGUUGCUGAAAUUACCUCCAAGGAUGUUCGGGGCUCGUUUACAUCACUUCAUCAAUUGAUGAUAGGCAUUGGAAAGGCUGUUACAUUCAUUGUCGGUUCUCUUGUCAGUUGGCGCACCUUGGCUCUAAUAGGGAUUAUGCCAUGUCUCCUACAGCUGAUAGGGCUAGCUUUCAUUCCAGAGUCUCCGAGAUGGUUGGCCAAAACGAGUAGAAUGGAAGAGUUUGAAUCUACUCUGCAGCAACUAAGGGGCAGACAUGCUGAUAUUUCUCAAGAGGCAGAGGAUAUCAAAGAAUACACGGAAUAUCUUCAGAGGAUUUCAAAUGAUGGAAUUCAAAACUUGUUCCAACAGAAAUAUGUUUAUUCAGUCAUUGAUCUUCACUCUGGAAAGGAGCUUGUUGCUUUCUUGGUUCUUGUCGGUGUAUUGGUAUUCUUGGGUAGUUUUGAACUCGCCAUGGGAGGGAUACCGUUUGUUAUAAUGUCAGAGAUAUUUUCAAUUAACAUAAAGGUGUCAGCUGGAAGCCUUGUUAUGUUAGUGAGCUGGUUUGGUUCUUGGGUAACUGCCUACACCUUUACCUUUCUAUUUGACUGGAGCUCAGCAGGGACAUUUUUCAUAUUUGCUGGCAUCUGUGCUGCUGGAACUUUGUUCAUUGCAAAGCUUGUGCCAGAGACUAAAGGACGCGCACUAGAAGAAAUACAAAAUUCCAUGACUAGCCAGGAGUAGUCUGCAAUCGAGAAUUCUGAGAACUUGUUAGUGUUAAUAGAAAUAUAAUGUUGUAUCUCCACUGCUGUAUUUCUAUUGAAAUUUUUAUAUAAUUAUGUAAGUUGAUAGUGAUCGGCUAUGGUUGAACUGUUCUUGAAAUCAUAAAAACUGUUAUGAGAA